GGGCGGCGCCAAGAUGUCGGCGGCGCUGGAGCUGCGCUGCUGGGGCGGGGGCUGGGGGUUGCCCUCCCUGCACGCCGACGCCCUCGUCGUCAUGGCCUAUGCCAAAUUUUGUGGUGCGCCCCUUAAAGUGAAUGUUAUAGAUAAGACCUGGAGAGGCUCAAGAGAAAUACGACGCGGACCGCGAGCUCUCCGCCAAGCAAGGCGCCGACACGUUGGCUUACGUCGCCCUCCUGGAAGAGAAGCUCCUCCCCGCCGUGCUUCACACGUUCUGGGUCGACAGCGACAACUACUUCACCGUGACCAAACCCUGGUUCGCCGCCCGGAUCCCCUUCCCCCUGAGUUUAAUCCUGCCCGGGAGGAUGUCUCGGAGAGCGCUGGACCGGAUCCUGCUGACCAGGGGAGAGUCUCCCCUCUCGCCCCUCCAGGAGGUGGAAGCCCAGAUAUACCGAGAUGCCAAGGAAUGCCUCAACCUCCUAUCGAACAGAUUGGGAACAUCUCCGUUUUUCUUUGGAAACAUGUCAGCUGCAGUGUCCUGCCACCCAGGUCAGAUGGUUCCGCCGUCUCCCGGGUCUCCGCCCACACUCGUCCCAGCCCUGUCUGCGGAAAGAUAGCCGGCACCUACGUAUUUCUGCCGAUCGAUCGAUGGCCAACCACUCUGGAUGCCUACGUGUUCGGGUUCCUUGCCCCUCUGUACCGCAUCCACUUCCCCAAGGUCCAGUUGCAAGAACACCUGAAGCAGCUACCCAACCUCUGUCGUUUGUGUGAUGACAUCCUCGAGGGUUAUUUCGGCCUCACAGGCUGCUGUCCAGCUGGACCACAGGCCGUAGAUGCAAAUCUGCAGAAACUCACCCAGCUUGUAAAUAAGGAAUCCAACUUGAUUGAAAAGAUGGAUGACAAUCUCCGCCACAGUCCUCAGCCUCCCCAUCGGAAGAUACCGGCCCUUAAGCUCACCCCGGCAGCGGCGGAGGACGAUCCGUCUCCGCGCCCGUCUCCCUGACCGCCGCCCUUGAGAGCCUCCCGGCGCUUUCCUUCAAGACCGCCGAACUCCUCGGGCUCCGGGGCGGGCCGGGCCGGCCAGAGGGCCGAUCUCUUCUUCGCACGGGGCAGCUGCUCGGGACCGAGCUCCCGCCCGCUGCUCCACCAGCUCACAGUGUAGCGCCAUCACCCACUCAAACGAGAGCCAGCGAACGUCGAGAAGGGACAUCGCCCCCGGAUCCCGGUGGGCCUCUUGAGUUCCCAGUGGUCGAUAUGAAGUCAUGAAUCCAUUGUUCCGAGCGUGCACUGUUUUAAUUUAUUCAGGCUAUUUCUCUGUACGCGUUAUUCCGGCGCUCCUCAGGCAGGCUGGUCCGCCUAAUGAUGUGCGAUGGCUUGGCCCGGUUUGUGUUCUCUUCUGUUUCCCCAAAAGCGUUCUAUUUUAGGGUUCAGAACCUAAUAUAAUGAUCCAUUAGCGGCAGGAAAA